UCUGUGUGUCUUUAAGGCUCUCCGCCGCCCCGCUCGCUUUGUGCCGCUCGCCAGCGGGAGAGCCCGUCCGCUGAUGAUUUCAUUGUGAAAGGAGAGGGGGGCCGGGAGGACUGCAGAUAACCUUUAUCUGAUCGAUACAUCAACGUUUUGAGCUCGCCUGGGUCGUGUCGGCAGCAGGGAUGAGGUCGGCUCACGCCGUGAUACCAGCAGCUGCCGCCCUGAUGGUGUUGGUCUUGCUCUCGGCACUGUCGCAGACGGAAGCCUGCAACAAGGCGUUGUGCGCCAGCGAUGUCAGCAAGUGCCUUAUUCAGGAGCUGUGCCAGUGCAGGCCGUCGGAUGGGAACUGCUCCUGCUGUAAGGAGUGCAUGCUGUGUCUGGGCUCGCUCUGGGAGGAGUGCUGUGACUGUGUGGGGAUGUGCAAUCCCAAGAACUACAGCGACACGCCGGCCACGUCGAAGAGCACAGUGGAGGAGCUGCACCGGCCCAUCCCCUCCCUGUUCCGGGCGCUGACGGAGGGCGACGCGCCCAUCAACAUGAUGGUGGUGUCCUUCCCUGUGGCCGAGGAGCUCUCCCACCACGAGAGCCUGGUCUCCUUCCUGGGGCAGCGCGAGGACCAGCAGCAGAACAUCUCUCUGCCCAAAAACAGCAUCCACGCCCGCUACGACAGCACCAGAGAUAACCUGUGCACGGUGGUGUACUUCGACGACUGCGUGUCCAUCCGCCAGUGCAAGCUGUACUGCGAGUCCAUGGGCGGCUCCAAGUACCGGUGGUUCCACAACGCCUGCUGCGAGUGCAUCGGCCCCGAGUGCCUGGACUACGGCAGCAAGUCCGUCAAGUGCAUGAACUGCAUGUUCUGAGCCGCGCCGCGGACCCUGGGAGCUGCUGCCACAUCCAGAUGUAAAAUACUCACCCCGCCGAGCCCUUGUGUAUUUUUGUCACGUUUGCUGUACAUUUCUUAGAUGAUUUUUUUUUAUGGUGCGUUCCGACUCGAGAUGGAGCUCUGUUUUGGUUUCCUGAAAUCGACGCUGGCGGAGCCUGUCCGGAUACAGAUGCUUUCCCCCGGUGUUGUCCGUUCAGCAGUACUCUUAAGUGGGUUUUGAAUUUUGUAAAAAAAAAAGGGUAAUUUUAAAAAUAUUAUGUCUUUUGGAUGGUGUUCGGAAAGAAACGGGAUGUUGUCAUACCCAUAACGGAUCACGAUCACGUUAAAAUGGAGCAAUAGUCUGUAUAUAAAAACACAAAUGCUACUGGGUCUGGUUGUCACUGGUUGCGUUUUUGUAUUUAUGCACACAAAGGGUCUCUCUCACACCAGUCUGAAUCACUAAGUCGGUGGACCUAGAAAUGCAGAAUAAUGCCUGUAAUAAUUGAAGCUCAAUCAUCAACAAGUUUGGGAUUCUGUGGGUUAUAUUAUGGAUUUAGGGUAUUUGAUCAAUCUAGUCCUUCCUCCAAAACUGUCGUUUGUUUUGGUUAAACAUACAGUAAGUGUACAGAAGGCUGUUUUACCCAUCAUGUUAAAAGUUAAUAUAAUCCAAAAUCACAUUUAUUUAAUCAAUCAAGAGCAGAAAUGGUUAAACUCGAGCUCCACAGAGGAACUCAUGUGUUAUUGCUUCAGGCCAUCAUUCUUUCGCUACUUGUACUUCGUGCAUUCAUGAUGUUUAAUAAAUGUCAGAAACAUGGA